UAUUGCGGCUUGAAGUAACCUAUUGCCAAUAUCUGAAGGUAAAAAACGAACAAAAGGAUGUAUGACGUUGUAAUAGUCUUUGCUCUCGUUUGCUCAGGAGGAUUUCAAGCUGUGGUGAAAGGUGCGAGCGCGAUUAAAUGUUCUCUUUACAAAAUGAAUGACGCAGUUUACAUUUUUAGAGAUACAACUGACCAGUGCUUCGAUGUUUCCUCAAAGUACACGCCUUUUUGCUUGUUCUACUACUUUGUUUGUUUUGUUUGUUUUUCUAUUCCCAUCAUAAACACUUUGUUGUGCAUUUUGCCACCUAAAAUGGAGAUUUUGGUGGCUUAUAUGUAUUUUAGGUAAUUUAGUGUUAACAACUGAGUUGAAAACGUAAAUUAGCCAUCGUAAAGGGCAAAAAGCUGACGUUUCGAGCGUUAGCCCUUCUUCAGAGCGAUUGCACAACACGUGCGGUUUUUGUAACUUUGUAAAUUUCUUUGCCGUCCUUUGCGAAACAACAACGUUUAAUCACCAAAAUUGGUGUGGUCUGAGAAAAGAACCCCCCACCUCAAAUUGUUUGAGUUUCCAUUUGGAAUUCAACGCUGCUUCCAUAAGUUAUGUUUAAGUUGGGGUGUGGCACCAUCAGAGAAGGUUAACACAUUUAGCCACUCGCAAAAUUUAUAACUGAUGAAAAUUAAUUUUUAUAAUCAACGUCUCCCCAGGUGUUGCCUUCCUGGCUGCUUCAGGUACUUUAGAAUGCCCACUAACAAAACUCCAUUGGUUUUCCUCCUUUCUAAUCCAUCCCUCAGUUAUUUCAAAGAUUUGACGUUCAUAGUCAUUACUUUGUGCGUGCCGAAGCUUUACCACAUUUGUCUCCUAUGUCCAUCUUAAUCUCUUAAGCCGGCGACACACUUGGCGAUUUUAUACGCCAAUGGCGGCGAUCGGCGGAAGUUGCCAGGUGUGCGCGGUGCGGCCAUUGCGAUAUUCGCCGAUAGCGGCGAUCAAAUUUCCCUCUAUCAGCGAAUAAAAUCACCAAGUGUGUCGCCGGCUUUACUGAUUUUUGUUUGUGUUUCUCUUUACACUUGCGAAUUCGAACUGAUAGUUUUAUCAAUGUGUCACAUGAGAGGUAAUUUUGGCUCUAGAAAUUUGCAAAUGACCGGAAUGAUAAAGAAUUUAAAUUGUUUGUAUUUUUAUGAAUAGCCUAUCAGCUUCUCGGUGAAGCUUUUGAAUAAAAUGGUAAGACGACCCUAGCAAACUUUUAAAGAUGAAAAAAAUCGAUAACUCUACCUGGUGAAAUAUUCAGUUGCAAUGUACUGAACCCAUUUUGUUUUAGCCUCAAAACAGUUCAUGGAUCAAUUCAUGGACGCUGGAAACACCCUUUGUGAUAGAAAUAUGAGUUUAGGGCCAUUGUACUUCUCCCUGUGUAGGUUCUUCGAUCAGGAAACAAGACAACCCUUGUUAUCCAGGACUGUGUAAGAACGGUGGCGUAUGUCGUGCUAAAGCACCUGAUGAAGGCUAUGGUUAUUACUGUUUGUGUAUUGAAGGUUUCGGAGGAGAUAAUUGUGAAAUACGUACAGGUAAAUGGACGGGGGAAAUAUUAUGUACUUAUUGACUGAGUGGGAGGGUCGGACAGGAAAAUAUUUGGCUCCGUGCGUCAUGAACGAGUACCAAAUAUUUUCCCGUGCGACCCGACCUAAUCCAGUCAACAGGCAUUUUUCAUUUGGCAACUGACUCAGUUUUGACAAGUUUAUCACAUCUUUGGUAUUGAACAUUUUGAAAAGUUUGAUUUAACUCACUUAGGACGGGAAUAAGUGCGCGAGAAAACCACUAAAAUGAUUCUACAACAAAAAUUUUUCCUGUUUUCAAGUCAGAACAAGAAAAAAAUUCAUCGAAAAACCUGACUCAUUUUUUUCAUUUGUGUUUACUACUGUCACCCACUUGCAACAACAGCGAACAAGGAAUUUUUUUGAAAUUUUACAACAACGCCAUGCAAGUGCGUUAGGCCGGACGGCGUUUUACGGACCGGUUCACGUUAACCCGUUCGGCCUUACACAUGUUUGCUUUCACUAUGGUUUUCUAUGGGAUUUCGCGGGCUUGGCCGAACGGGUAUAUGAUAAUUAUGAUGAUCUUCCAUCUUAAGGCAAGUAAAUCACACAAACAUCAUAACUCGAUUUAUCGUUAUAUAAAUUAGUGUCAUGAUAAAUUUUACCUGAUUCCUUUAUAGGGCUCUGUGAUAUGCCCUCGUUUGCAGUUAACUGGUAGUCAAUUUUCUAAAGUUCCCCUUUAACACUCUGCUGGCGAAGACUGAUCACCACCCCGUUCUCUCUUAGACCCCUCCCCCCCAGUAGGAGAUGACUGGUCCCUAAUGAAUCGCAGCUCUGUGUAGGGAAACGAGCCAACGAUCUUACCAUCUCUCCUUGUGCAGGUACACCCAUCGUAAAGAGAAACAGCCCUUGUUUCUCAAGACCAUGCAUGAAUGGAGGCGUUUGUCGAGCUAAAACGCCUGAUGAGGGCUUUGGAUAUUACUGUCUGUGCCCUGAGGGCUUCAGAGGGAAGAAUUGCCAAGAAGGUAAACUUAGCGUGCAGCAAAUGUGAUAAAAACAUCCAAAGAAUCAUCGCUUUUCUCGAACGACAGAUAGCUGUACUCUAUUACAACUUAUGGAGGCACGUUACGUUUCACGUAUAAAAGCAUGCGUGUCAGCUCUAUUCGCAUUUUUCACGAAGGUCCAAAGUUAGCUUAUCAGCGAUUUCUGGAAAAUCAUAUGAAAAUUUUUCCCACAUACACUUCUUCACAGACUUUACCACCUAAAAUCCAUCUUACGUGAAAUAGCUGAGACGAUUGAUCUCAUGUCGAGAAGUAUUAUAGCCUGCGAGCAUGCAGGCGCUCAUUAUUAACGCAUAGGCACAAGCGUUUCAUUUCCUGCGGGGGAGUAUAAAACCUUGAACAAAGCCAGCCAGCGAGAAUUCUAGAGGGCGUCUAACACUCUUUAUUGUUACCACUCGUCUCAUAUCUUCCUGCGGGCGGAGAAACACGCGUACUUAAGGGACUUUUAUUCAUUUUUUCACAUCAAUCUAAUUCAGUAUUGAUUUAAUUCCUUGUGACAUUAUGCGUCAGGUUUACCGAUCUUUUUAUUAAUUGACAGGUGGAAAGUAAAGAAUAUGGACACAUCUUGAG